UUGCGCACUGCGCACCGUGUAUUGAGAAGUUUAGCUAGCAGUUUAAAUUCAGGCAUAGCACGUGCUUGUAAUUCGUUUCAUGUCAAGUGUUAUUUAUUUUUAAUAUUAAUUACUGCCUGAUACAUGAUUUAAUUCAUAAAUAAAAUGCCACGUUCUACAAGAGAUUCAGAAGAAGAUGUAGAUCCAAAGCCCGGUCGCAAGACUCGUUUAGCUGAUGUACUCUCAGUCGAUUCAUCACUUCGUCGCAGCUCCCGAAUUAAAACAGUUAAGCAAAAUGAAUCCUCACCCGAAUCAUUUUCAAGUAAUACUAGUAACGUUAGUAAUACCCAGACAAGAGUAACAAGGAACCGAACAGAUACAAUGGAUAAUAUUACUACAACUGAAAAACAAAGGCCCUUACGUUCUAGGAUGAAUUCUAUAUCUUCAAAUGUUAGUGAAGACACAAAAAGUGAUGCUAAUACUAUGACACCAACUAAAAGAAAUAGAAAUAGUAUUAUGGGUGAUGUGUUUAACAAAACUAAUAAUCGAAGAAAUACACGAUUUACAAGAGCUGGUUCAGAGUCAAAAACACCACCAAUGCGAGUUACACGUAAUACCAGAGCCAGUUCUAUGGAACCUGAAAGCGUUGAAGAAAAUAAGCAUAUGGAUAAAAAUGAGUGUGAAUUUAUACAUACAUCCAAUAAGAUGAGAACACGAGCAUCAAUAGUACCUUCAGAAACUACUGUUGUAGAGGAGAAAGAAGAGAUUAUGAAAAUUCUAGUGGUGGCAUUAGAUCGCACAUUACCUAAUGUUAGCGAAAUUAAAGAAAUGGGUUUAAACAGUUCUCUUAAAUCAGCCCAGAAACAUGAAUCAAUGUCAAAUGCAGAAGGUAAUUUUGACUCAAGUUGCAAUGUUGUGAAUGAGAAAAGCAUAGAAGAUAUUAGCGACAUGUCAACUGAGCUUGAUGAAAAAGUACCAAAAAAAGAAGAAUCUGCGAAUGAUUCAUCACCGUUAAAAAAUAAAUCUACAGAAAAAUCAGGAUCAGAUGAACAAAAAUCCGAGUCCAUUCAAGAAACAUGCAACAAGAAUCAAGGAAGUGAAGCUGUUGAAGAGACGCCAAUUGAGCUUAAUGAAGAAGAACUGAAAGAAGAGGAAUAUGCGAGUGAUUCAUCAACGUUAAAAAACAAAUCUACUGAGAAAUCAGGAUCGGAUGCACAAAAAUCCGAGUCCAUUCAAGAAACAUGCAAUAAGAAUCAAGAAAAUGAUGCUGUUGAAGAUAAUGAUUCUGGCAUAACUGCAGGGAAUUUAUUUCAAAAUAUUCCAUCUGCUGAAUGGAAAGAAAAGAAUGAUGAUAUUGAUAAGAAUUCGAUACAUUCAAUGUCAACAGAGAGACUUGAAACUGAAAUGGAAACUGAAUGUGAUCUCGUUUUAGUUGACAGAGAAGCAUGGUUGGCUGCUGAAAAUAUAAAAACAGCAAAAGAGAAAGAAGCCUCUGAUUAUGACUCGGAUGAUACUGUUCUGUUAAAAAUGCAAAGGGAUUCUGGAAAAGCACAGAAGAAUGAAAAAAUGAAAAUGAAUAAAUCAGUAGACAAGAUGAAUGAUAGUAAAGACACAAGUAUAAAUGAAAAUGACAUAGAUAACGAAGCGACAAAUAUGAAAGAUUUUAAGGAUGAAACAGAAAAUGAAAAUCAGGAUAAAUCAAUAACAGAAAAAUGGAAUGAGCAUUCCACUUUUAAACGUAAUGUUUCGAGUUGGAAAUCACCUGAACGAAAAAGUUUAAACAAAUCUCAUAAAACAAUGGAAGCGGAAGAGAAUUUGUCCGAAAGUAUUACAAAAAAACGAAAAUCGCUUAACAAGUUAACCUCUAAAGUAGAUGUAAGCAGGAAAUCUUUAAAUAAAUCUAUUCAAAAAGAAAUGGAAAGUGAAAGUGUCAUAAAUAAAUCAGCUAGAAAUGAUAAAGAGAAACGGUCCUUAAAUAUUUCUUCAAGAAAACAAAGAAACUGUAUAGAAGAAUCUGAAAAUGAAUCUAAAGAUUCCAGUAUUCCUGAAAAGAAAAGUAAUGCUAAAAAGAAAUUCAGUAGAAACCGUUCAGCAAUAAGGACCAUUGAAUCAGAUUCUGAUGAUAGUAAAAGUGAAUCUGGUGAUUCAGAAAAUAAAACUAUAGAGUUACCUAAAUUUAUGUUAGAUGAAGCAUCUAAUAUUGAUAGUAACGAAUCUGAUAAAAGUAUGGACUCGGAUAUUGAAAAAGAAUACAAUCUUGCUGGUAAAGACAUUUCUAAGUUUUCCGAUGAUGAUGUACGAGGAGACGAAUGCAGAGCAUCAGAAACGGAAUCAUCAGAUCCAGAAGAUAAUGGAUCAGAUCUUGACGAUUUUAUUGUUGAUGAUGUUGAAGAAGAUGAGGAAAGUGAAGGAGAAGGGGAGAAGAUCAAUGAAGAAAGUGAAGAAGGAGAGAAAACCAAUGAAGAAAUUGAAAUUGGAGAAUUACAUGCUGAUAAAGACACUGAAGAUUUUAUUGUUGAAGAAGUUGAAGAAAGUGAACGAGAAGGAGAAGGAGAGAAGGUCAAUGAAGAAAGUGAAGAAGAAGGAGAGAAAGAAGAAGAGAAGGUCAAUGAAGAAAGUGAAGAAGAAGAAGAGAAAGUAAAUGAAGAAAUUGAAAUUGAAGAAUUACAUACUGAUGAAGACACUGAAAAAAGUCAGGAAAAAAAAAUAAAAGAACAAGACGAAGCAAUGCAAGUGCAAGAACCAGAUGCAAUUGAGGACAAAAUAAAAGGAGGUAUGACUGAAGAAGAAUCACAAAAUAAGAAUGAACGAGAAAAUAUUGAAGAAGAUGUAGAUAAAUUAAUAGAUACCUCUAGCAAACAAAAAAACAAAUUAGAGAUAUCUGAUCGUUUAAGCACGAUUCAAACUAGCAGGAAGAAAAAGCUUAAAAAAGUAGAUAUAUCUCAAAGCGAAAAAAGUGAAGAAGAGAACAACUUAUCCGAUUCAUCGUUAUCAAAUUCUCUUAAAAUGAAAACAACAAAACAGAAAAAGCACGCUUCAAGUGAAUUUAUACUUGAGGAUAUAGAGUUAUCAUUGAAUGAUUCUCAAUCAAUAUUUAAUAAACGAAGUCAGAAACUUAGUAAAUCAAUUAUGAAAUGCAGUACACCUAAAAGUCAUUAUUUACCUAAGUCAAAUGGGUUUGAUGACAGCAUAAAGACACAAAAUACAAAUGAUGGUAAAGUAAAUGCUUCUUCAGAUAUAGAUAAAAUUGAGGAUACAAGUUUAAAAACAAAAGACACUUUUAAAAAAUUAGGUAAAAUAAAAAGUAAAGAGAAUCUGGUGGAUAAGCGUUUUUCAUGUGGAUUAGAGGAAUUGGUGGAAAAAACGAAAUUUUCAAAACCAUUGUCUCCUAAAAUAGCAAACUUAAAUAAGUCGAAUUUAGUUCCCGAUAGUGACACACCAACAACAAAAUAUUUGAAAAAAGACAAAUUAAAUGAAAGUGCACCAGUAUUAAAGUUGGACACUGUAUUUAAAAAAUUAGUAGAUGCCAAUGAUAAUGAUGAACAGAAUAAUGCAUUGAACCAGCCCAGAGAAGAAAGUGAAAAUGUUAAUACACCAAAUUCAGAGACAUUAUCUUAUUCAGUACUAGACUUAGAUACUUCGUUAAAACAGAAACUUCUCAGUGUAGCCGACAAUAUUUUAAAAGUCGACCGUCGGAAAAAGCAUAAAAAACGAAAACAAACAGCGGAGAAAAGUAAUGCUACUAUAUUAAUUGAAGACAGUUUUCUUGAAGAAAUAGAAUCACAAAUCGUAAAUGAAGAUAAAAAUGUUGUUUCUACCAUUGAUACUGAUAAGAAUAAAAAGUUUGAAGAGGUAUCUUUUAAUGAAGAGAAGAAGAAAGAGAAAAAGAAGAAGAAACAGAAAAUAGCACAUAUUGAUAUUAAUAAAGAUGUAGAAGAAGAAGAAUCACACGAAGAAAUCACUGAUACGACGAUAAAAAUUGCUAAGAAACCUAAAAAAGUAAAGAAGAAACAGGAAAAAGAAAUAACUGAAGAUCUUUCAGAUAUUUGUUCAGAAAAUCAAGUAUCAGGGAAGAAGAAGAAGAAGAAGAAAAUUUCAGAAGCCUUGUCAAAUGAAGAAAUUCCAACUACCAGGAUAUCUAAGAAAACACAAAAAUUAUCAAAAGACAUUGCUGUGCAGAAUGAUGAAACAGCAGUUAUCAAAUUGCCUAAGAAAAAGAAAAAAUUAGUGUCGGAAGAUGCUUCUUCACAAGAAAAAAUUUUAACUAAUAAAUUACCCAAGAAAAAACAAAAUGUAUCACCAAAUGAUACUUCACAAGAUAAAAACAUUUCAGCUGAAAAAUUGUUAAAGAAACAGCAUAAAUUAGUGGCAGAAGAUGCAAAAAGUGAAGUAAAACCUGUUAAAAAAUCUAAUAAAUCACAACAAUCUACGGACAUAGUGCCGGAUUCAGAUGAAGGACCAACAGUCGUUAAAUUUUCUGAACCACUAAAGGAAGCAUUAAAAGUUACUGAUAGUAUAAAAGUUAAUAAAGAAAAGGAAAAGAAAAAACAAAAAAAAAGAUUGCAAGAAAGAGAACUUGAAAAUGAAAAACCAGAAUCCAAAAAGCAAAAAAUUAAAGAUAAUAAAGCAGAAAGUACACGGGGUAUUAAACGACUAUCUGUUGAACUGCUUGAAGAUUUAUCUGACGUUCCAUCGAAACCACUGAAAAAGAGGAAAUUAUCAAAGAUAAAAGAUCAAAUAUUACCAUCCCGUUCAAUGUUUAAUUUAAAGGCUAAAGAAGUAGAAAAUGUAUAUGUGGAAGAAGAUUUCGAGUCGUUAAGUUCCUGUGGAAGUACAACUCACUUCGCUGUUGUAAACAUGCAAAAAAUAAAGAAGAAAAAGAAAAUUCGAAGCGUAGUUUCGUUUAAGCGAAAAGUGAUCGCUACAAAUUCAAGGUAUUUAGAGAAACAUUGAUAUCGAAGUUUGAAUUUACUUUUUUUCUGAAACAUAAUCUGCAGGUUUUAAAAAUAUAUAAGUUUAAAUAUGAUGUAAUGUAAUUGUAUAUGUAAUAUAGUUGUACGUGUAAUAUAAUUUAAUGUAAUUGUAUGUUUUUAUAAAAUGACUGAGUAAUGUUUGUUAUUU